UGGCGGCUGCCAGAGCGCAUGGGAUCGGUUGGUCACCACCGCUCUACUCUCGAACGGUCCUUUCAUUGAUGUAUUUAUUGGGGUACAGGCUGCCAGUGCGAGUGAUAUCAGUGGGCCGGCACCGCUCACAGGGCACACAGCUGCUCGUGAAGGACUAUGCUGAAAAAAAUUCCCGCUACUGCCCGUUUGAGGACCUGCCCGUGCGCUCCAACCCCAAGGGAACCAG